AUGAUCAGUAUUUCAUACCCGCUCUCCGCGCUGAUGCUGGCGGCUCUGCUCCUGUGCGCGUCCGGCGCCCCGACCCCGGGCGCCCCCACCACCGCCCCGGCGGGGGACUCCUCGGGCGAGGAGGAGGGGGAGGCGACCUCUGACCUGCUGAGCACCUGGAAAGCUCUGGCCGGCAUCGCCAAGCAGCACAAGAAACAGUUCGAAGACGAGUUCCACAAGAGCGUGACCAUCCUGGAAAGCUACAAGACCUCUUCUUUCCCCAUCAAGUGCCCAGAGUUCAAUUUCAGCAGGGAGGCCUGCUACCACAGGUUAGCCAAAGGCCUGCAGGUCUACACGGUUCUCCUCCGGCAUGUGGAGCGGGAGUACCCCAACAACCUGAUCCUGUCCGCCGCCAGGCUGUACAGCAGCGUCCUGAUCCAGGGCAUCAAGGAGAAGAUGCGACGCGGGGAUCAGGUCUCGGCUCUGACCUCCGGCCAGGAGGAGCAGCUGCUGCGGGAGUUCGACACGCCGGACCGCUACCACCGGAAGAUGACGGCGCACAGCAUUCUGCACCACCUCAAGGUCUUCCUGGCCGACGGCACCAGGGCCAUCUUCAAGAGGGAGCGGGCCUGGGCCGGCAGGAAGGCCGUCACUUUCCACGCCGCCAACAGCUGA